AUGGGGACCCUCUGUAGCAAGGUUGAUAAGGACCUCGAUCCCGAGAAGCCGCACAGGAAGCUCGUCUCCCACCAUCGGGCAGAACAUCACAACAUGGCGUCCAAGAAGCGGGUGGAGAAGGACCUUGUCAUUAGCCGCUAUGUCCAGACGGCAGACACGAAACUUGACUCCCUCCGCGACAGUGUCCAGCCCGUCUUCUAUGACAGGUCUGACACCCGCAAGUCUGCUGGUGGCGGGGAGCUCGGACCUCGUGAUCAGGAGCCUGAAUACUUCCGGGACCGCGAUGAGAUUGUGAACCGAGGGCGUUCGAUAGGCUUUGAUUAUGCCCUCACCGAAGGCGCCAGCGGGGAUGAGAAGCACGCGAAGAACCUACUAGACAUUGUCAGGCGGAAUGACGAGCUGGUCUACUACGGCGACGAGAAGCUCGAGGGAUAUGGAGGUCAGAUGCAUCGUCGCUUCCCGGGAGACCACUACUUGACCAAUGCCGACUUGAUGGAGAACACCGCCCUCUUUCACGUCGCUACGCAAACCCCCAAGGGCGCUCAUCUCCACAUCCACUUCAACUCCUGUCUCUUGCCCCAUGUAUUACUGGAUAUCGCCACCGACAUGGACCACAUGUACAUCUCUAGCGACCUACCACUCACAUCUGCGCACAAUCUUGACCGCUGUGAGAUACAGUUUCUGGUGAGGAACCAGAAGACGGUGGAGAAAGAGAGGGAUCAGCUCUUGGAGGCCGAGAGAACUCGGUUAAGUAACGCGAACUUGACUCGCGAGAACAUUGAGAGCGAGCAGAGCAAUUUGUUCAGCCGAAACUACCUCACAGACGGCGCGAGACAAUGGAUGAAGUUCAAGACCUUCAGAGAUCAAUGGGGAGAGAUCCAGGAACAGUGGCACCACAAAUCACAAAUGAAGAGGUUCUCAAACCUAAGCAGCGGUGAACGGUGGAGCAGCAGGAACUGGUUGGUGAGCAAGCUCGUUUUUAACGAGCAUGAAGCUUUCAAUAUCCACCAGACAUCCGAAGGGGCUUGGGAAAAGUUCAAUGGGCGCACCCGCAUGAUGAAGGGGCUGUUUAAUUACAAGACAGCAUUCACACGGUAUACCCGAGCGUUCCUUGAGGAGCUAGCCGCUGACAAGAUUCAAUACGCUGAGAUUCGUCCGAAUUUUAUGAAGACGAACCAAAUUUGGGAGGAUAGUGGAGAGAAGCAGCUAACUAACGAAGACACCAUGGACAUAAUCGUGAAUACUUGGAAGGAGUUCAAUCAGGAAAGGCCUAAUUCCCUUGCCGGGCUGAAGGUUAUCUACUGCACUCCCCGUUCUUUCGCAAAUCACUUGGUAGAGUACGCCCUGGAUGAGUGCUUGAAGUUUAAAACCGGAAAGUAUGUGGAUUAUAUCGCCGGCUUUGACUUGGUGGGCGAGGAAUCCAAAGGGAAACCUCUUAAGGAGUUCAUUCCACAGUUCCUCGAGUUCAAGCGGAAAUGCCGAGACGCCAGGGUCACAAUCCCGUUUCUCUUCCACUGUGGAGAGACUCUGGAGCUCGGUGGUGAUACCGACGGCAAUCUGGUCGAUGCCCUCCUUCUCGAUUCAAAACGUAUCGGACACGGCUUCGCCCUGGCGCGCAAGCCAUAUCUCAUUGCGGAAUUUAAGAAGCGGAAUAUCUGCUUGGAGGUCUGCCCGAUUUCGAACGAGGUCUUGGGAUUGACACCACGGAUGAACGGGCACGCCAUGUACGACCUGCUGGCAAACAGUGUCCACUGCACGAUCAGCAGUGAUAAUGGCACAUUAUUUAGAUCUACGCUGUCUCAUGACUUUUAUCAGGUCAUGGUGGGAAGCAAGGAUAUGAACCUCCACGGGUGGCGCCAGCUCAUCGAAUGGAGCAUAGACCAUUCCAGCUUGAAUCCCGACGAAUACAGGAAGCUCAGAACCAUGUGGGAGCCGCGCUGGGACCAUUAUGUCCACUGGAUAAACCACACCUUCAAGGGCAUUGAGCUCAUACGUGAGUUCGAGACGCCCAAGAAAGGAAAGGACGAAUCCGAACAGGACCACAAGGCGCGGGUGCAGACCGAGAAGACGCGGCAUGAGACUGUGCUCAGAGAGCAGAAGCAGAAAUGGCGGGACUUUGUGGCUCAGCUGCCAUCUAUACCUCUGAAGUAG